AUGUCAGACUUGUACUUUAACUUGCGGAUGGCCAGCAAACAAUUUGAAAGACAAAGUAAAAAGAGUGAGAAGGAACAAGCAAAACAACGUUUAAAAGUCAAACAAGCUCUUGAAAAGGGCAAUGUUGAAGCCGCUCGUAUUCAUGCUUCCAAUGCAAUUCGAUUAGGAAAUGAAGCAAAUAAUUUUCUUCGUUUAUCAUCACGUCUAGAUGCUGCAGCAAGUAGAGUGAAACAAGCGGAAAUGAUGAAUACAGUUGCUAAAACAUUAGGGAGUGUUGUGAAAGGUCUCGACAAGGCACUUGAAACUUUGGACACUGAAAAAUUGGAGUGA